AUGGAGGCAUUGAUCGACCGCGUUUACUACUCUUUCUUGGUGUGCCCGAAUUUGCGCCUGAAGAAACCGCGGUGGUUCGCUCGACCGUCGGCGAUGACCGUGUUCGCUCUCAGUCUCGUACUGUAUUUCCUCAUUUCUGGAGGUAUCAUUUACGAUGUUAUCGUUGAACCGCCGAGCGUCGGCUCCACGGUCGACGAGCGUGGCAACACAAUCCCGGUGGCUUUCAUGCAGUACCGUGUCAACAGCCAGUACAUAAUGGAGGGAUUGGCAGCCGGCUUCAUGUUCGUCUUCGGCGGCAUCGGUUUCGUCAUACUCGACCAGACAACCAGUCCGACUAUGCCAAAGUUGAAUCGUACGUUGUUGCUCGGUCUCGGUUUUACUUGCGUCUUGGUCGCCUUCUUUGCGUGCAGAGUGUUUUUCAGAAUGAAGAUGCCCGGCUAUCUUAUGACAUGA